ACUGAAUAAGCAUGCUUCCAGAACAUUUCGUUUUGUGUAUUGUUUCUAUACGGAAGUAGUUUGAUAGUGCACCCAGGUCGAAGCGGCAGCCGCAUUUUUGAAAACAUGGCAGCGCAGAUGGCAGCCACAAAGGUUCCGGAGGUGCGUGACAUCACCAGGAUAGAAAGAAUCGGAGCUCAUUCUCACAUCCGUGGCCUUGGAUUGGAUGAUGCUUUAGAACCUCGUCAGGUUUCCCAGGGGAUGGUGGGUCAGCUGGCAUCUCGCCGGGCUGCAGGGUUGAUCCUGGAGAUGAUCAAGGACGGACACAUCGCUGGACGAGCCGUCCUCAUCGCUGGCCAGCCAGGCACUGGAAAAACCGCCAUCGCCAUGGGUAUCGCUCAGUCUCUCGGACAGGACACGCCUUUCACAGCUAUUGCUGGAAGUGAGAUCUUCUCUUUGGAAAUGAGUAAAACCGAAGCCCUCAGUCAAUCGUUCCGGAAAGCCAUCGGAGUGAGGAUCAAGGAAGAGACGGAAAUCAUCGAAGGAGAAGUCGUAGAGAUCCAGAUUGACAGGCCCGCAACUGGAACAGGUGCCAAGGUGGGAAAACUGACCCUGAAGACGACCGAAAUGGAGACCAUUUACGACCUGGGCAGCAAAAUGAUCGAGAGCCUCAGCAAGGAGCGAGUGCAAGCGGGGGAUGUGAUCACGAUCGAUAAAGCCACGGGGAAGAUCACCAAGCUGGGCCGCUCCUUCACCCGCGCCAGGGACUACGACGCCAUGGGAGCGCAGACGCAGUUUGUCCAGUGUCCAGAGGGGGAGCUGCAGAAGCGGAAGGAGGUGGUCCACACGGUCUCCCUCCAUGAAAUCGACGUCAUCAACAGCCGCACGCAGGGUUUCCUCGCUCUCUUCUCAGGCGACACUGGAGAGAUCAAGUCAGAAGUCCGGGAGCAGAUCAACGCCAAGGUGUCGGAGUGGAGAGAAGAGGGCAAGGCUGAGAUCAUACCAGGGGUGCUCUUCAUCGAUGAGGUCCACAUGCUGGACAUAGAGUGCUUCUCCUUUUUGAACCGAGCCCUGGAGAGCGAUCUGUCUCCAGUCCUCAUCAUGGCUACUAACAGAGGAAUUACCCGAAUUCGGGGAACAAACUACCAGAGCCCUCACGGGAUCCCCAUCGACAUGCUGGAUCGCCUGCUCAUCAUCGCGACGUCUCCCUACACAGAGAAGGAGACGCGCCAGAUCCUCAAAAUCCGGUGUGAGGAGGAGGAUGUGGAGCUGAGUGAAGAGGCGCACACAGUGCUGACCCGCAUCGGGCUGGAGACGUCCCUGCGCUACGCCAUCCAGCUCAUCAGCACCGCCGGCCUGGUGUGCCGCAAGCGAAGGGGUACUGAAGUGCAAGUGGAGGACAUUAAGCGGGUGUACUCGCUCUUCCUGGAUGAGUCCCGGUCCUCGCAGUAUAUGAAGGAGUACCAGGAUUCCUUCCUCUUCAACGAAACGCAAGGAAAUCAGAUGGAAACUUCCUAAUGAAGCGGACUUGGACAAUUCUUUAUUUUUUUACUGUGAUACCUUUUCAUUGGCGUUGUGUGUCUUUACCUUUUCAAGGUCGCAAGGCAGUGUUUCGGAUGUUUUUUGGAAUGGGGGCCUUAGCCCCACUCAAAUGCACACCCUUGGUUCACUUUUUCCUGAAACUCCUCACAUCUUCAUUCUAAUCUUUCUCGUGUUUGACUUUUAUAGGUUGCUUAUUUGGAAUUUAAGUUGUGUUACUCAGUUACUCUGUGGGGGUUAACAUUUCCUCCGAAAACCAGCUGGGUCUCCAAGCCUAGUAAAACAGUGGAUGAUAGACUAAAUAAACUCAUUGUUUAUAAAAAUAGGA